GGCUUUAGACGUUGCACAGCAUCAUUCGCAACACGGAAGUAGUGCCUAUCAGAGAGUCAAAAGACGUGUUAUUGUCAUAAUUAUUACUUUAUUGGUGAAUUUAAUUGACAUAUUUCAUUAUGGAAGACCAAGAAAUGCAGCUCAAAGUCAGACGAGUGAGUGACAAGUUCACGGAGAGCAUGUACGUCCUGGCUAACGAACCGUCCGUGGCGCUGUACAGACUGCAGGAGCACGUUAGGAGGUCCUUGCCAGAGCUGGUGCAACAUAAGACCGACAUGCAGAGCUGGGAGGAGCAGAGUCAAGGAGCCAUCUACUCUGUUGAAUAUGCAUGCAGUGCCGUAAGAGGCAUGGCCAACAGCGGCAUGUAUUUCAAAAACAUCGACAGCCUCCUGCGACAAGCCAUCAGCUUGAAGGAGCAGAUCAGCGGCUCUCAAGGACGCAGCAACCCUUCUCCCAGUCCCCUUGUUGCUGCUUCACAUCCCUCAACAGCCUCAUCUUCCUCAUGACAGAGCUUUGUGCAAGAAAGAGGACGGUGGAUUCGGGUAUGCAGAGGGAUGCUACCGAGAGGCACAACUCUGGAAUCUGACCGCUUCCCCGAAUUUAGUCAUUUUGUGCCCUUUGAUUGACAUGCGGCGGUAAAGGUACUAAUCCCAAUUCGCAACCAAGUGCACCCCCAAGCACAAGCUGCUCAGUGGAAUAGAGCAGCCCAGCUCUGCCAGGUUCGGCUUAAAAAAAAA